AUGACUGAAGGGAUGGAGAUACCCCACGAUCAGUCUGCAGAUGCAAGAAAUUGGAGUGAACUGCCAGAAUUAUCCCUGAGACAGGUGUUCCGGUGGCUUGGAGAUCAGGACCGAGUCCGGGCAGCACUGGUGUGUAAAUGCUGGAACCAAGUGAUGCAUUCGCCAGCUCUCUGGCGAUCCAGGACCUUCACCUUCAGCGGGAGACCGUCCAAAUAUCGGCGGAUUGAGUACGAGUCGGCCAUCUGGUAUGCCAAGAAGUUUGGAAGGUACCUGGUGAACUGCGAGAUCAGGUUCAUGAAUCCGUACAACUCCCUGCUGACCCGGAGAUUCCAGGUUACAAUGAGGAGCUUCUUGGCACGUCUAGGGAAUGAGAACAAUCGGCUAAAGUCCUUCACCAUGCAACAUUUGGAGUUGGACCGACUGGUGUGGAGGCCUUCUGUCAGGAACGCCUUCCUAAAGAGCCUGAACUUUUUCCUUCGUCGCGAGUGCAGCCACCUUCAGUCGUUCAACCUGAGAGGAGCUCGGCUGGAUAUGGAGCAGGGCUUUACCAUCUUGAACUCGCUGAUCCACCAGAGGACCAGGAGCUCCGUUUCUGAGCUCAACAUCGAAGACUUCUUCAGCCAUCACCUAGCCAUCUAUGCGAACCCCACCUUCCCAAAAAUCAUUCGCAACUUCUGUGAGCUUACGCACAUUUCGAUCAAUUACAAUUGUAUCUCAGACGACCUCCUGGACACCCUGUGUGAAAGUUGCUGUCAGAGCCUGCGGACCAUGAACAUCAAGUGCCAUAUCCAUGACCCUCACAACCAAGUUAUAUGGGGGCUCUCCUGGUCUAAACUUGCCAAGCGCGCUAGCAGCCUGAAAGUCAACUUUUAUUUUGAGCUCAUAAUGAAGAAUGAUCGCCUGACUCGAAUCCUGGUGCCAGAAAUCCCAGUGAGGAGCUUAAACUUCAGGAGCUGUUACUUCAGUGACCCAGACUGGGCCAUGAAACCCACCCUGUCCAAUCUGAUUCCACACUACAAGAGUACCCUCCAGAAGCUGACACUGGAAUUUAAUAAUAGUCAUGAACGAAUUGACGAUGAACUAUUGCAGUUGGUGUUAACCUGUGAGCGGCUGUACUACAUGAGGAUCUGGGCUUUCCUUAGCAUUAAAUUUAUUGAGAACCUUCUACAGUAUCGUCUGGAGGGAAAAUCCAAAUUCCGCACUCUCAAGGUGAGAAUUUACAUGCACAAGUAUGAAACGAAUGAAGAAGAUAAACAGCUACGAAAUUUGUACACAAUGUACAGGGAUCUAAUCGACACAGAACUCAAUUAUUUUGUAAUUACUUACCCCUUGAUGUAA